ACUAGCUCAGAUACUUCCGUUUUACACCAUCAAUCCAGUUUUUAUUUUUCACUCUUUUAAUUUUCUUUGUUCCUUGCUGCCUUCUUAAUUCUCAUUCUCCUAUUGUAUACAAUGCAGUUGAUCUUUUGUGUUAUUUGAUACUUUUAUUAGUGGUUCUUGACAGCUUGCAUGAUGCUUAUUGUUGAAUGGUUUCUUAUUCUCAUGCGAUUUUUUUCCUCUCUUCGUCCAGCAUUCACCAAUAAGCGAAAGUUUCUAUGAUUAUAUGUUGUUUUACUCUGUCAAUUAUGGGGUAAAAAGGACACACCUUUAACAAUUUUGUGAUUGAAUUUAUAUUGCAGUGGGACAACCAUAUCACACGCCUGCCUUUCUCGGACCCGUCUACUUUUGAAUUUGGAAUUUGGGUUCGAUCGGAAGAUUGCUUCUUUCUUCCGGAUUAAUUUCGUGAAUAAAUGGGGCAGUUCGAUCCGCUGAUGGGUCAGCAUUAGCAAAGGAGACGUAUUCACUUUUAAGAUUCCCAAAGGACUUCAACAUAUCAAGUAUGGAGGGAAAUGAUAGAACCAAUAUGUCAGAGGUCGGCAAUGAAGAAGUUCACUUCGGACAAACAAAUGUUCACAAUUCUCAACAGUCAAACCAAAGGUAUCGUAGGAGCAAUCAACAAAGGCAAAGACGACAAUCUAUGAAUUCAUCACAGCGGGCUCGAAUUUCACUGCGACGACGUGCUAAUUAUCAAGCCCGAUUGAACUCGGUAAAUAUAGUACAAAAUCAAACGGAAGUAAACCAAGAUGACAUAGGACCAACAUCAGCGGAGCAACAAGAUGCAUAUGUUACUAAUGAGAGACAAAGCCAACGAGAGCAAUGGCGGGAUCAACAACGUAUGAGGCGGAAUUCAAUGAGUUCAAGGCAAAGGCACGAUUACUUAGCACAACGACGAUCCAAUUAUCGUGAUCAACAAAUUCAAUGCUCAAACAUAAUGUUAUUUGGUGGCAAUACCGAUCAAGUUCAACACCCUAACAUAGUGCAAUUCGAUGAAGGCAGUAGCAAUCAUGUUGAACGACUCAACAUAGUGCCGUUUGGAGAAGGCAGCAGCAAUCAAGUUCCAAGAACAAUGCGCUUAACUCAUAUAAGGCAAAUUGCUCGAUCGAAUAGGGCACGCUUGCCUCAGGAUGGACUUAUUCAAAGUUUAACUAAUAGUGAAAACACAACAAGGCAAUCAUUCCGUUCGAAUACUCCAAUGAAUCAUUCUUAUCCACCCAUCAUCAAUGAAGAUGAUUUUAAUCUCAUUAAUGAAAAUGAGAUCCAGCCUAACGAGGACGUACCACCUCGACAGCAUACGAUGGGAACAAGGCCAAUUCAUAAUUGUGCUAGAAACUUCAAUGAAAACAUGGGAAUCCCAAGAUUUCACAUGCCAAAUCCAACCACAUGUCCAGAUUGUCAUGCCCGUUUGUUCUCUCAUGAAACAUUUGAAAUGUGUUGCUUACGUGGAAAGCUUGCUCUACCAUUGACACCAUCCCCUCCUGAAAUGACUGAGCUUUUUUGCAACCAAUCUGCCCAGGGAAGACAUUUUAGGCAGAAUAUACGAGCUUACAACCACAUUUUUGCCUUCACAUCAAUGGGAGUUCAUGUUGACGAAAACCUAGCAACAGGAAGACGUGGUAUUUACACAUUUCGUGCUCAAGGUUCCAUAUACCAUAAGAUUGGAAGUCUCUUGCCUAUUGGAGAUAGUAGACCAAGAUUCCUACAAAUGUAUAUAUAUGACACUGCUCAUGAAAUAGACAAUCGGAUGAGAGAAAGUGAAGCACUAAACAGAGAUGUGGUUGAAAAAAUCCAACAAAUCUUGAAUCAAUAUAAUCCAUUUGUGCAAACAUUUCACCACCUUGCACAACGUCAAGAUUUGCAAAGUUGUAGAUUGAUUAUCAAGGAGCAGCCCGCGAAUCAACGACAAUAUUGUCUACCGUCUGCAUCUCAGGUUGCUGCAAUCAUAGUAGGUGGUGAAGGAUCAGAAAACAUUAGAGGUCGAGAUAUUGUUGUGCAAACUACGGAUGGUCAACUUAAGAGUAUCAAAGAUUGUGUCGGCUACUAUGACCCUUUACAAUAUCCAUUGUUGUUACCUUAUGGAACGUACGGAUGGGAUGUGAAUACUCAAAUAAUACCAACAGAAAAGUGA